GAAAACUGUCAACUCACAGAAACCUAUAGCAAGGAGCUCUUUUCCUUUUUAAUGGUCAGCCAGAAGCUGACACAUCUGAGCCUGGCCAGGAAAAACCUCGGAGAUGGUGGAGUGAAAAUCCUGUGUGAAGGCUUGUGCUCCCCUGAUUGUAAACUACAUGUGCUGGUGCUCUGUGGAUGCUCCAUCAGUCCAUUGCAUCAGGAACUUGCCACUGCCAUUGCUAGCAACCUGAAGCUGGAAACUCUCGACCUGGGCCAGAAUAUCUUGGGGAAAAGUGGAGUAACAGUGACCUUGGAUGCUUUAAAAGAUAAUACUGUGCACUUGAAGACAAUCAGGUAUGGCCUUUCUGUCUCUGGGGUAUCCUGCCUCUGGGUCCUGGCCCUCAGUGGUUGAAGAUAGAUAAUUCGAGCCUGGAUAAUGGAGAAACUGUUGAAGAAAAUAAGAGAGCAAACCCAGCUUGAGGAUUGACAAUGCCACCAGCACAACUGCACCAUUGCCUUGUGACCUCGUCUCUGCGUAUGCCGAAACUGUUCCUCUGACAGCUUAGGGAAGGCAAUCUGGGCUGGAAGACAUCCGGAGCACCGAGUGAUACGACUUGACACUCAGUGACUAAGACACUGACUUUUUCUCUCUGCUUAGUGGUAAAUUCUGCACAUAUCAC